GUCUGCCAAGGGUCUUGGUGGAUCGGCUGCCUUGGGCUGGCUUGGUUUGGCUUGGGGUCUCCUGUUUGGGAUUGUAGCUGUUUGGAAAAUCCGGAGGUGAGAUAUUUAUUUACUUAUUUAUAAUUAGUACCUUUGUUCUCGCAUUUUCUUUCUUUCGCCUUUUCUUUCUCUUCCUCACCUACCUACAUCCUACCUACGCAAACAACACUCGUUUCGUUGUUAUCCACAUCCACAUCUACAACCACACACUCGUUCCACAUACUACACAUUCUCUCUACUACCAAAUCACACCCUCUCCGAGGAGCCAAAAAAAGAAAUCAAAAUGUCCACCACAACCGCCACAGCCACCACCACCGCCAGCACAUGCACCUCCACGGGCAACCUAUACGUCCUCCCCGUGCAAGACGCAGCAUGCGCGCUCCCCAACACCAACAACGCGAGCGCCAUCAUGGACAAGUGCUGUUCCCCCGCCAGCCCAACCAAAUACGACAACGACUGCGGAAUCUACUGUCUGGCACAGGGGCAGGACGUCAAGGAGCUUCUCUCCUGCAUCCAGUCCAACGGGGCCGUCGAGGACCCCUUCUGCUCCGGUAACUUGACUGCGACGGCGACGGCGAGCGUGACGGGCACGAAGGCUACGGGGUCUUCUACGAAGACGGGGACGAGUACGGGAAGUGCGACGAGUGAGACGGGGUCGUCGGGGGCUGUGCCGAUGAAGCAGGUUGGGGUUAGUAAGGUUGGAUUGGGCAUGUUGGGGAUGGUUUUGUGUGGGGCUGUUUUGGGAGGUUUUUAAUUCAUGGAUUUAUUGAUGGGUUAAUGGGUAUGAAUAUGGGUUGGGGGAUGGUUUCGGGUUGAAUGUAUUCUAUUUCGAUUCGAUGCGAUUCGGUUCCAUGAUUGUAAUGUUACUUAUUUAUUAUCGAAUUAAUUACUAUCUUUCUG